AGCAAAGAGUGGAAGAUGUACGACUGAUUCGAGACCAACAUCCAACUAAAAUACCAGUGAUUAUUGAAAGGUACAAGGGGGAGAAACAGCUUCCAGUCCUGGAUAAGACUAAGUUCCUGGUUCCAGAUCAUGUCAACAUGAGUGAGCUAAUCAAAAUUAUCAGGCGCCGGCUGCAGCUGAACUCCAACCAGGCCUUCUUCCUGCUGGUGAACGGGCACAGCAUGGUGAGCGUCUCCACGCCCAUCUCCGAGGUGUACGAGAGCGAGAAGGACGAGGACGGCUUCCUCUACAUGGUGUACGCCUCGCAGGAGACGUUCGGGGCGCAGCCGGCCCGCUAG